GUAGGCCUUCUGUCUUUACUGCACAAAUCUGUAUCUGACUGUGGUGGUGGAAAUGAUAAUUCCCGCUUCAUUCUGAUAGGUCGCUAUGUUGUGUUUAUUCCCAUGCUCGUUCAGCCAAUGGAGAAGUAGUUAUGCGUGCGCAUCUCACAAGCGCUGACGAUAAAUCUCAUCUGUUUCUUUAAAUGAAGACUAAGCGUGUUAAAAACUACAGGAGGACUAUUGACUUGUAUGAUACUCACUUUGGACUGAAAACUAAUCCACUUGAAAUACUGGUUGACAGUACUUUUGCACGACAAGCAUUAGUACAACAGCUUCACAUUGAGCAACAAUUCAAGUGUACACUUUCGUGCGAAUUUAUUCUGGUUACAUCAUCAUGUAUUAUUCUCGAGUGUGAAAAACUAGGUCAGUUGUUUUCCGGAGCACUACAAAUUAUUCAACAAUACAAAGUUCUGAAGUGUACACACAAAGUUCAUAAAGACACAUCUGCCUUUUCAUGCAUAAAAAGGAGAAUUCUCACCGCACGGUCAAAAAAAUGCUCCGAAACUAAGUCUAGAAAGGGUAGUUUGUUAUUUGCUCUAGCUUCUAAUGACGAGUUACUGCAACAGUAUGCCAGGACUGUCCCUGGAAUGCCGAUAUUCUUCAUUGCUCACAAGCGAAUCAAUUUGGAGUCUAUUCCUAUUCCGGUUUCGUUAUUGCUUCAACAAAAGGCUACACGAGCACCGGACUUGACACUUUCAGAGGUGAGUUUUGUUAAAAGUUUCAGGUUUGUCCUAACUUCAUUUUAUGAUGCUUUAUUGGGAAAUGAAAUAGGCACUAGUUUAUUUCCCAGUCUUUCUCAUCAUACUGAGUAUAGUUGUUGUGUUUUGUAUAUUUAGGUGUAGUUAAGUGCCGCUGAUCUUCAAUUCCUAGGAUUACAAAGGCGUUACAGUCGCUUCAAAUUAAUUUAAUUGGAGGUCUGACUAUCAAAUAAAUGUCAAGACGUCUCGUUUUUCAUACAAUGUGCUGUUUCUUGACCAAUUACUUGUCUAGUGAUGUUAGUGUGAACAUAUUUUCGCGAUUACCCAAAUUAUAAUCAGGUAAUUUACCCUACAUUAGUUUAGUGGAAUUGUUCGAAACCAAUUUUAGCCUAACAAGAAUAUUGAGCAUAUUUACUUUUACCAAUUGAGUGAAAGUAAUUAGUAUCUUUUGUAGGUCUGUUUUCGAUUAUCAGUGAGCAUUUUAGUUGCAUCUUAGGCAUAUAAUACUUUCAGAUGUAAAAGAAAGCCUCUUAAAAAUCUGUAAUCCUCUUAUUUGAAGUAUUAAAGGGAUAAUUUUGAUUAUUACACUGAAGAAGUUUGGACAGGUUUACUAAUUGAAGCGGUGGGAUUAUUUAAAUAGCUG